CACAAUUGCAGUUGGUCGCACGACACACAAUCAACACGAUUCAUUCUUUUCAACUGCUACCUGAACACUUUGUUCGACAAAUCCAUACAAUCUACCACAGCGAGUGGCAUAAUUCCCUCGUUGAAGCUGCUAGCUCCUACCAGAAGCCAAGAAUUGCGGCGAACUGCAUCAGCUUCAAUCCGACGAGGAAUCCAACCUCCUGAAAACGAUCCAUCAGCAUUCUUACGCUCUGCACGAACAUGAUCAUCAGGCACCAAAUCAUUCAGUAACUAGGACGAAGCUGCAAUGGCUUCCUCCACACCUGGAACGCCCAUCAAGCGUUCUUUCAGUCUGCCAAUUCAACCGAGCAGAGUUUCCUCAAGUCCAGAUCCAACGAUAGAGAUCUUAUAUAACUUGCCAUCAGCCCGCAUAGUUGCAUUUACAACAAACUCGACAGCUAGGCCGAGCUCGAGCAACGGGAGUCCGGUGGCAGAGGAUCAGCCAGGGACUUUAUUAUGGGUCUCCCCAUUUGAGAGAACGCUUGCCAUUGGUGCACUGCGUAUCUAUCGAGCUCCUGGAAGUGUAGCAUUCCUGAACUGCGCGAAUGCUCUUCGACCGAUUUUACCCAAGUCACAGUGCUGGUGUGUUGAUGGAGAUAGCAAGUUCGUUUUGUCAAUCAGACCGCCCCAAUAUUGGAGGAUCGAAGUGCCGAACAAGAGUGCAGAUGAGAAGGCCAGGGUGGAGGAGUUGAAAAGGGUACUUGAUCAGGUGCUGCGGUUCGAAAAGACGCCUUGUCCAUUUCAAAGAGAUUUCGUAGUGGAUUUACCAGAGGCUCCGAAAACACCAGUAAAGAAGCGGCCUUGGAAACCAAGGGAGAGGUCGAAGGAUGAUCCUCCACUUUUUCCUGGGCCAGCGUCUCCGCAUAUCAAUGCUCCAAGAACACCUUCUACAAACUCAUCGUCUUCCUCGCCAUUGAAGGACUAUGCUUCUUCGGAGGCGGGGAUCAACGUCUCCCUCCUGGAACUCGAAGAGCUCGAAGAGGAGGAAGAAUCACCGGACGGAUCAGAAAUCACCUCCGACCCAACAAACCAGGACCCUGAUAUUCCAUCCAUUGAUUCUGUCGUUGCAACUCCCGAAUUCUCGAAAGAAGAGGAGGGGCUACUACCGUUCGAAACUCAAUAUAAACAAACCGCCGGGAAAGCCAUCUUAGAGCCGUCAUUAUUAGAGUCUAGCGUUGCGGAACCGAUUUUUAGAGAUUUUACUGGAUCUGAUGACGAGAACGAUAGAUUCAGUGACGCUGCAGAUGAUACUCAGCUCACUCCCAGAAGCCACCGUCAACCUAACUAUCAAUCUUUGACGUUCGAGCCGGAGAAGAAUGACUGGCCUCGGGCACUACAGAGCAGCAGAUCGGUUACAGCACCUCCCGUCCUGUCUUUGAUCACGAGUCCACCUUCUAAGCACAGGGCGAAUUCUCCACCAAGGCAUUCAAACGUCAUUGAGUCUGACUCGGACUUUUCAUCGAGUGUCGAGUCCUUUCACACCGUACAGUCGUGGCAUUCUCCUCUCGACCCUCCCUCUCCCCCAGCUUCGGGGCCUCCUUCCCCUUCGUCGUCCUACCCCUAUCCACAUAACAAUAUCGUUCUCCCGAAGCGACCCCACCACACGAGAGAUGCUUCCGAGAUCACAGUCACACCGGAAACACCUCGAGUAUGGGACAUGAACGAUUCAACAAACCCUGAAUCAACAUCAAGGAGUUCCUCACCACACCCUCAAACACCCACCUUAAUUACCGACGCCGGCGAGAAAUCAGAUGAAGAGCAAUUCGAGGUCUUGACGCCUCCAACCGUCAAGCCAACUAUCCGUCACCGAGCCACUACAAGCAGCAACUCUCGCCGACGAGCUCUCUCGCCCUUACCCCCAGCUGUAAACCUCUUUUCACCACCAAGACGCCGCUCACGCCGUCUACAAACCGCUCGUCACCUCCCAACAGCAAUCAUCCAGAAAACGUGCGAGAUUCUCCUUAGUCCGCCAAGCCACCUCUUUCAUCUCAUGAUCAGCAUCGCCUCUAAGAUUGCGGCUGGCGAAUGGAGAGGUGUGCUAUCAGGCCAUGGGGAAUCGGUCCAUUGGGAUCUUGAAGAUGAAUAUUCCGAAGAGGGGUGGUUUGAGGAUGACUACGGGAUUUCAUUGCCUAAUGCUCCGACGAGGGCGAAGACUACCACCACUAACGUUCCUGGUGGGAGCUGGGAGGUUGAUUGAGCUCUGAGACUUAUUCUAUUUUAUGUUUAAGACAGUGUACGAUAUGAAUGGAUUGUAUGAGAUACCACUUGCAUGGAUUGGGAGGAAAUGGCACGGAGAUAGUGGCGUUUGUUUGCAUGGAAUCCCGAUGGAUGUUUGGAGUAGCAUGUAGGUCGGAUACAAUGUUUUGAUUAUCAUUUCGAGUUUGGGGCUCUGCACCGGUUGGAUUUCUGAAACUUGGCAUAGGAUAAUCAAUCAAUAUGAAUCCUCAAAUCACACAUUGGCGUCAGUGAUGUGC